UAUCUUAGCAGCCUGCAUUGUUUGACUGCUACUCUACGUCUGCUAUGAUAAGGAGCUUCACAAAUUCUGAAAGCAAUCGCAUUGAAACAGAUAGCAUAAUUUUUCUCAAGACUUUUUACGGUAUAUUGACAAAUUUCUGAUUUUAACAAGCUCUUCACUCUUCUCGACAAAGAUUUCUGAGCUAAAAAUGAAAAUGGAAGCUCCGAUCGAAAGCCUAAAGGAUAACUUGAAAGAAAUGCCUAAAAAUUUCAAGUCGAUUUCCUCUACAAUGAGAUUGCUAUACGCCGAACUUGCUGUUGGUUCUUAUGAAAAUGCCACCUGUAAAUUCAGACAACUACGCGACGACACAAGAAAAGAUGCAAUGGUUUAUUUAAAGGUCGUGUUACCAAACUGCACAAAGUUGGUGGCAUCUUUAAAAGAUUACUUUGAAAAUUACACGGCUUUAACUUUUGAUAAAUGGAAGAAAUACCUGGAGGAUAUUCGAGAUGAAAUCCGCACAUACAAAAAAGUCGCAGAGACUUGUGUUAAAAUGCAUGAAGGCAUGCUGGCUUCCCUUAAUAAGAGAGAAUGUAAAGCAAAAAUUCUCAUCACAGAAUUCAAAGAUCUUCAAAUGGAAUAUGAAAAACAAAAAGAAGAACUCGACAGGAAAGUGCAAAGUAAAAAAAGUUGGUCGUCGUCGUUAGUUGGAGGAGCUUUUGUUACACAAUUAUCAGCAGAAACAUUUAUGGUAAAUGCUGCUAUUGAUGUAGCUAAAUUACAGCAUUUCAAAGUCAACAAAGCAGCAGCCAUAGUUGUAGCAGAAACGUUGAUACCUGCCAUAAAAGAUUUUGUGGAAGGUUUAAUUAAGGCCGCAGGAUUCUUCCAAGUGGUUGAGAUAGAGUUGGAUUCGUUUUCAGAAAAAGCAGAUAGCUAUGUUGAAUCUCAUUACACUACGAUAAAAAAAGAAGCAAAAGAAUUGAAAUUUCUUUGCCAAAGCUUUUACUCUGUCAUACCAUCUGUGCUCACCGAUUUUCAGUCAAUUCCGUUUGAAGAAACCGACACAAAUUAUGUCGAUAAAUGGUUAAAAAAUAUAUUGGAAGACAUUGAGAAGAAAAAAAAGGUAGAGUUUUGAAGAUCUAUGAUGCGAGUUUUUCUAUGAUCUAAGAUCAUUAGAAAAAGUCGCCUAAUAGAUUGUAAUUCGCAACGGGUUUGUAGGUCAGAUUACUCAUAUUUAAAUUAUAUAGAACUAGCAUAGUUAUAUACGUUUAUCUGGUGAUUUCUUUUCAUAUUUACUCUCUUAUAGUCGUUAUAUGCUGUUUAUAAAAUAUAUAUUCUAUAUUGUGUAUAAUAACACCAGAUAAUAUAAAACUACGAUAACUUAAUUAAAUCACACCUGCAUGUAAUAUGUAAAGUUCAACAUAAUGCCAGAUUUAAAUGUUAUAAAAAGUACAAUAUGUCCAAAAGUGGCAAAAAGCUUGUACAUCAUAGUGGUGAGUUGUAGGUCGCACUCAGCACCAACUUGAUUUGUAUUUAAGGCAAAUUUGUAUCAUGCAAAGAAUGUGAUAGUUAUAUCUUCAAUCUCGACAGCAAUGUAUUCUUUCAUUAAAAAAAAGCUAUAGAAUGUAAAAGAAAUUCGUGGUUAUGACUGGUAAGGAUAGCUUUUGAGAGUUCAGAUGAUUUAACUGUUCUUAAAUAUCAAACAAAUUUCAAAAUGCUCGCAAACGUUUAAAAGUCAAUUCUGUCUUUAUGUUUGGAGUGGUAAUGUGUCCGGAAAAAACUGGUUUAUUUCAUCUGGCUAAAUACAUUUUGUUUUGGAAAUAAAUGUGACUAGAAGAGAAGGCGAACAUGGUCAAUAUAAAAUUCACGGUUGACUUUAGGUAUAAAUUAUGUAGCCAAAAUGGAAGAAUUAAAUAAACUGAUGAACAUACAAUCAAA